AUGAAGGCCACCCCGUUGCUCAUCUCAUGGCACAACGACAAUGCCCCUAUCUACUCUGUGCAUUUUGAUCCCAAUGGCAAGGGCCGCUUAGCUACUGCUGGAAAGCAAGUACUGCCUGUCCUUCUCUGGAAAGUCGAGUCUACCGGGGAGGAAAGAAAAGUCACUUAUCUGAGUACUCUGAUAAAACAUACGCAGGCCGUCAAUGUGGUUCGGUUUAGUCCAAAAGGUGAGAUGCUGGCGUCUGCUGGGGAUGAUGGAAACGUUUUACUCUGGGUACCUUCAGAGCUCCAAACACAAGCUGGGCUUGGGGAAGACCGCUCAGAUGAUAAAGAGACCUGGCGAGUGAAGCACAUGUGUCGCUCAUCCGGCGCCGAGAUCUACGACCUGGCCUGGUCUCCCGAUGGAGUUUUUAUCAUUACUGGCAGCAUGGAUAACAUCGCCAGGAUUUACAACGCGCAAACUGGGCAAAUGGUACGACAGAUCGCUGAGCAUUCUCACUAUGUUCAGGGUGUAGCAUGGGAUCCGCUGAAUGAGUUCGUCGCGACUCAGUCAUCUGACCGAUCUGUUCAUAUUUAUACCUUGAAAACCAAGGACGGACAAUUCACAUUGACACCGCACGGGAAGGUUCUCAAGAUGGAUCUGCCUGCAAAACGGAUCGCCUCCAGCAGUCCUGCGCCUCCAGACAUGGCUAGCCGGUCUCAACCAAGCGCCGGGAACUCUAUGGCGAUUGCCUCGCCUGCUCCUUCGACUCCAGGGACACCAAUGGCUUCCAAUCUACCCAUGGACCCUCCCCCAGUCUCACACAGUCGGCGAUCUUCUUUUGGCUCAUCUCCUUCGAUUAGGCGAUCUGCAUCUCCUGCCCCAUCUCUCCCAUUGCCUGCCGUUAAACCACUAGAGGUUUCCUCUCCAAGUCUUGGUGGCCUUGGGGUCAAGAAUGCCAGCAUCUAUGCCAACGAAACGUUCACAUCUUUCUUCAGACGACUGACUUUCGCUCCUGAUGGAAGUUUGUUGUUUACACCGGCUGGUCAAUUCAAAACCACUCACUUAUCAGCCACGGACUCGACAAAGACGACGGACGAAAUCACCAACACAGUUUACGUCUAUACUCGGGCUGGUUUCAACAAACCCCCGAUCUCCCAUCUCCCAGGUCACAAGAAGCCAUCUGUAGCUGUCAAAUGCUCGCCGGUGUUUUAUACGUUGAAGCAGGAUAUUCAAUCUGCGAAAAAUAUCACCCUUGAUACUUCUUCGAGCGAAGAGAUGUUCCCGUCCCUCCCAGAUCCUGUGGUUUCGGCAAAUUCAUCCCUCGCCAACCAGCCCCAAAUGGACCCUCCAUCCGCGACGCUGGUCGAGCCAUCAAAACCCCAGCCAUCUUCAAAGCCAGCUGAGAACGGCGGCAGUGAAGCAAACCAGAGCUCAGCGCCCGUCUUUGCACUUCCGUAUCGCAUUGUAUAUGCCGUCGCCACUCAAGAUGCUGUUCUGGUAUAUGACACACAACAACAAACUCCGUUGUGCAUUGUGAGCAAUUUGCAUUUUGCUACCUUUACUGACUUGACUUGGUCUGCCGAUGGGUUAACAUUGAUAAUGAGUUCCUCUGAUGGCUUCUGCUCCACACUCUCGUUCGCACCUGGCGAGCUGGGUCAAACUUAUACAGGACCAACAUCUGGGGCUCAAAGCACCACAAACUCGAAUACCCCUACGACGAAUGUCACACCUCUGCCAACUCCAACACAUGCCGCAUCUCCACAUGUGCCAUCUCCAAUCAAGACCACGUAUGCGUCAGCAAGUAAUACAGGGUCCGCGCCGCCAGGCAGUCCCGCGCGUUCCACCUCUGCCUGUUCAGUUGCAACUCAAUCUUCUACGCAGCCAACUCCAGCAGGUGUUGUGAACAACCCCACACCCACACUCGGGACUGUUCCAUCAGUAACGGUAGCCCACUCUGCGCAACCACCCACGCUUCCACUGACAACCCCACCACAAACACCUGUGUCGAGCGCCCCACCAAACGGGCCCGCCACAACGGGUGGUAGCGUUCUAGGAAAACGUGAUGUGCCACCCGGGUCUGAAAAGGGGGGCAAGGAUGAUUCAAACGCUGAAGUGCAGCAACCGAAGAGACGCCGCAUUGCGCCGACUCUCAUCUCAGCCUGUACGGAUGGGUCCUCAUCGAAGGACAAGUCGUAG